AUGCACAUAACGUAUAUGCGAGCGUUUAUCGCUCUUUUCUUCUACCGGUAUUUUCGUCUUGUUGUGAAUCUAGUUUCAUUCUGGACCUUCAAGCCUAUACCCCCGCCCGAAAACCCGAGAUUGACUGCGGAUGAUGUGACAGUUAUUAUCCCCACGCUGGAUGGCUGUGGCGAAGAGUUAGAGCGAACAAUUGAGACCAUACUCACGAACCGUCCCUUUGAACUUCUUCUUGUUACAAUUGAAGCGAACAAAAAGAAGGCCGAAGACAUGCUGAGUCGCAUGCCUGCCGCUAAAUCAAGGAUCCGCCUAUUCACUGUUACCCACCCGAAUAAGCGCCGCCAAAUGACUAGAGCUAUUCCUGAAGUGCAAACAGCAAUCACCGUGUUCGCUGAUGAUGAUGUGAUCUGGCCACCGAAGGUGCUGACUUGGAUGCUAGCUCCUUUCGAAAAAGAUGAACAAUACGGUGGUGUAGUAACGUGCCAACGGCUUCAACGUGCUAUCUCCCCGACAUUGUCGCAGCGUAUUUGGGGAUUUCUUGGAGCCCUUUACUUGGAACGAAGGAACUUUGAUUGUGCCGCUACUACUCACAUCGAUGGCGGACUUCCCUGUAUGUCUGGGCGAAGUGUUGCGUACAAGACAAGCAUUCUGCAGGAUGAUGCCUUUACCUACGCAUUUACCAAUGAAGGAUGGUGGUUCGGAAAAUAUCAGCUGAACGCCGAUGACGACAACUUCAUUACCCGCUGGAUGGUCUCGCAUGGCUGGGAGACUUUCAUGCAAUACCACCCCGAGGCUGAAGUUCAAACAACACUGGAAGAUAACCCAACCUUUCUAAAACAAUGCGCAAGAUGGUCCCGUAGUAACUGGAGGAGCAAUCUCACAAGUAUGUUUGAUGAAGGACAUAUUUGGCAUCGCCAACUUUGGAGUGCAUAUGCUGUUCAUAUGACAACACUGUCGCCCCCAGCUCUCCUCGGUGACUUGGCUCUUGUCUUCCUCUGCCAUAAGGCGACUGCGUCUUGGGAUGACCAUUCCCAUGCGUUAGCUAUGUCCCUUCUAGCUGUUUGGAUGUUUGUCAGCAAAUUCAUCAAACUUCUAGGCCAUUACAUCCGCUUCCCGAUUGAUUGGGUUUUUCUUCCCGUAUCGAUCCUUUUCGGAUACUUCCAUGGGGCGAUUAAGAUGUAUGCCGUGAUGACCCUUAGCGCGACCACAUGGGGUAGCCGUGAAGGUGCCGAUGAUUUUGAUGCCGAACGUAUGAAGAGACGACCAGACGACGACCCUCUGAAGAAAUCCUACUAUCGCAAAUUCAGACUCAAUGGGAACGAUUUCCACCAUCGAUUGGUGCCCAGUGUAACCGCAGCUGAUAUUUCUUGA